AUGACAGGAAGAGCUACGGACCGUAAAGGAAAGAACAAAGAUACUAAGUCUAUAUCUAAUGAACUGGAUGAGAACUUGGCAACCUUCACUCUACCAGACAGUCUACCUUGCUCCGAAGUUGACUUUCCUGUUCUCAUACACACUAGAGCCAAAGCAAAUUGGAAAGAAAUCGUUGAAGAAACAGACAACAAUCUCAAGGAACUAGAAGAAUAUGCAGCUAGCAAAAUGGAUCCAGUUCCAAAAUCGCAAUUUUUAAAAACUGAAUGUGACUACGUCAAAAGAGAUAUAUUUGUUCAUCUUAUACCUGCUUUGGAAGAAACCCUAAAUAAGGCUAUCAUUUGGGAGGCAUUAAAAAUUCAGAAAUGCUUUUUUAACGGUAUCGACCAUAUUGCUCAGGUGCUAUGGAAUAAUAAUCCUAAAUAUCCUGCUCGUAAGAUAAUGGACCUACAUUUAUUUAAUAUGCCCUGGGUGCGAGAAUAUUUAAAGAUCAAACCUCGUCCGUACUAUCCCAAAUCUUGGUUAUGGCCUGAAAAUUAUGCUGCUACUCUAAUACAGAAAUCAGUUCGUCAGUACUUUGUACAGCGUGAAGAAGAAGUUCAAGAAAUGCGUGACUUUUGGAGGAAAAUUGAAGCAGAAGAUAAUCUUCCUGAAAUGGACACCAAUCCAUAUUUGGCUAAGAAGUUUGCUUCUCUCCAAACAUUUCACAAGAAGCAAUGA